AUGAAGUCGCUGUGGCCUCGUGACUCCCGCGAGCUCCCCGGCUGUCGGAGUCAGUCAUCUUUGUCUUCGGACCAAAUGCACAAGUACUUUGUUAAAAGUAUCCCAUCUGCAGCUCAGGCCUGCAGCCCCUCACCUUUUGGUGGCUCCUCAGGCGUCUACGCCUUAUUCACCUUUCCCCUCUCCUAUGCCACUUCUCCUCCAGGGCGCGAGGCUGUCCUUGGUAUGGUCCGGAAGGCCAAAUACCAGGAGCUGCUCCUUUCAGAGCUCCUGGGCCGGCGGGCUCCUGCUGUUGUACGGCUUGGUCUCGCCUACCAUGUGCACGACCUCAUUGGGGCCCAGCUAGUGGACUGCAUCUCUACCACUUCUGGAACCCUCCUCCGCCUGCCAGAGACAUGAAGAUUCUGCUCAUCAUUGCUCAGCUCCCCAGAGUGGGCCUGGAGGGGACUGGAAUUGCUGCAUGAUGGUGGCUGAAACAGGGUCACCUUGGGAAGGCUUGGGAGCCAGGAAGAGUGUUGGGCUCUCGUGUAUGCAAAGGGUCAGAUGUGGCUGCUGCUGUUUGCCUGGGCUCUGACCCGGUGGUGGGGUUUGAGCAGUGCUUCUCUGCCCUUCCACGGAAAGUGGAACCAGAAAUGGUGCCAAGGCUGUGGCUGUUCCCUUUCGUGUAAAAUGGUGCUGUUAUUACUCUGUCUUGAAAUAGGAAGGUGGGAUUUCUGGGGAGGCUGGUGAAGGAGGGCAGGGUUCUUUUCCCUACAUGUCAUGUUAAAAUUGCCAAAUAAAGUACUUCUGCCUGUGGUA